AUGGCUUCCACCUCCUGGACCGACCUGCUCAACGAGCUCAACAAGGACGUCGCCAAGGAGCAGCCACAGGAUGUUGUACAGUUCGGUGCGGACUGGUUUCAGGCCAGACUAAAGCGAGAGCGUUCCGCCGGUAAAGCUCCUGCCCCUAUCAAGCGAGGUGCCCCGGGCGCUCUUGGUGCUCUCCCUCGUGCGGACUUCACGCCAGGUAGCACCCUCUCGCCCUUCUCCGAGACUGGUCCGUCCGACUCACCCUUCGGCGGCCGUCGCGCAACCAUCGCGUCCAGCUCGAGCCUCUUCAACUCCUCAACGCCAUUCGGUGCGCAACCGUCCGCGGAACCUAUCCGCGAGGCAAGCCCGUUUGGUGGGGAUGAUGAUGGAGGACCAAACUCUGGGCCUCGGUCAGGCAUGGCCUUUACCUCACCCUUCGGCGCGCCGGCUGAGCACAACGAUGAACCCCCAAUCCCGUCUUACGCGCUCGGUCGGCGGACAUCCGUCUCUGCCGAAUCCCUCGUCCCGCAGAACCACCGCAAAGGUCCCGGUCUCGAAUCCACCAUGGAGGAAGACGAGGAAGCGCCCCAGACCCCACACUUCCCCAAGACCGACGAGCAGCUCGCGCGGAUCAAGGCGGCCAUCUCGCCCAACUUCCUCUUUAGCAAUCUCGACCCGGAGCAAGAGCGGGACGUUCUCGGCGCAAUGAAGGAGGUCAAUAUCGGGGCGGGGGAAAUGAUCAUUGAGCAGGGGGCGGCGGGUGACUACUUUUACGUAGUUGAGCGCGGGACGCUCGAGGUGUUUGUCAAGAAGGAUGGGCAGAUGAUUGAUGCCGACAAGGGAGACAAGCAGUUGUUGGGCAAGAAGGUGGCGACGUGCAAGGAGGGCAACAGCUUUGGAGAGUUGGCGUUGAUGCACAAUGCUCCUCGUGCCGCGUCCAUCAUUUCGACCUCGGAGUGUACCCUCUGGGCUCUGGACCGGGUUUCGUUCCGUACCAUCCUCCUCGACCACACCUCCCGCAAGCGUCGCCUAUACGAGACCUUCCUCUCCGAGGUCCCCAUUCUCGCCUCGCUGCAGCCGCAAGAACGCGCCAAGAUCGCCGACGUCCUCGAGUCGAGGACCUUUGGCGAGGGAGAGGACGUCAUCAAGGAGGGGGAUGAGGGAGAAGAGUUCUUCCUGAUCGAGCAGGGAUCGGCGGUGGCGGUCAAGAAGCAGGAUGGGAAGGAUGUGGUGGUAAAGCAAUACGUCAAGGGGGAUUACUUUGGAGAACUCGCGCUGCUCAAUCGUCAGACCCGAGCGGCGAGCGUCCGCGCUUCCGGCGGCCAGCUACGUGUGGCUGCACUCGGCGAACAGGCGUUCACUCGUCUGCUCGGUCCGGUCAAGGAUAUUAUGGCGAGGAAUGUCGGCGAGAGGUAUGGGUUUGCGGCGGGGCGGUAA